AUGAUGUCAAUAAUUAUCGAGAGGAUGACAACAAACACUACCAGCCAUACGGGUUUGGAUACGACAUCGAAGCCUAUAAAUCUCUACCAAUUAGACGGCCAUGGGAACAAACAGUGGCGGCACGAGAAAAGCCAACAUCCCUCUAACGUCAUCGGGAGCUACGGCUUCAAAGACAAGGACGGCAUUACGAGGGAAGUGGAGUACGUGGCCGACAAGUAUGGCUUCCGGGCCCGUAUCAAAACCAAUGAGCCGGGCACUGCCCCCAAAGACCCUGGCGAUGUCAAGUUUGAGGCCUCGCCGGUAGUGGUGUCCAAUCAUAUCAGGCAUACCGGCGCUGGCGAGCAGACAGGUCCCGGCGCUCACGAGCGUCAGGAUGUGGAAGGGGUGUACAAAUAUGGCGGUCAGGAUAACAGCCAUAAUAGUGGACAACGGAUCCAACAUAGGAUGGGUAGAGUGGGUAGGCUAAGAGCCGCCGCCUCCCGGCCCCGUUAUGUCUACCUUCCCUAUCAUGAUUAA